ACACCCUUCCACUUUUUCUCCACCCCCCCCUGUGACGUCCUCCAUAAAAUGCUCUAACAUCACUGCUUCUCUCCUCCCCUUCGCCUCGAACAAGGACUUCUAUAAUUAUUGUCGUCAGACGUGCCUACGCGAAUUGUUCGAACCCGAUACGGUAGCUUAUCAUGGCGGGCUCCUCCCGUGUACCUGUCUCCCUGCGGAGCUUCGCUUCCUCGAAGAAAGCCACGGUGAGAAGCUCAUCGCUCCUCGUACUCAACCUUGACCUAUUCCGAAAUAUCGUGUUUGCCUUUUUCGUCCUGCGGCACUUUCGCCGCGCCGUGCGCAAGUUGCGUGGUCGCGGUGUGUUCGGAACCUUAGUAGAUUUCUAUUCAGCUGUGCAGCGGUACUCGUAUGGUGUUUUCCUCAACUUCCCCGGAAUCAGGUCGAAGGUGCAGUCACAGGUUGAUGAGGCGUUGAAGAGGUUGGAAGAUAAGCUCGUUCCCAAGGGGCCUGGUGUUACCCGCUAUCAUGAAUUGCCCAAAGAGGGAAUGACCGAGCUGCAGGUGAAGGCGGAAUUGAAAAAACUGAGCGAAAUGGAACAUGCAUCGUGGGAGGAAGGAAAGGUCUCCGGUGCGGUGUAUCAUGGCGGGGACGAUCUCUUGAAUCUUCAAAGUGAGGCAUCUCGUAUAUUUUCUAUCAGCAACCCAAUGCACCCGGACGUCUUUCCUGGUGUGAGAAAAAUGGAGGCUGAGAUAGUGGCAAUGGUCUUGGCAAUGUUCAAUGCGCCGUCUAGUGCCGGUGGCAUCACGACAAGUGGGGGCACCGAGAGUAUCUUGAUGGCUUGCUUGUCUGCUAGAACAAAAGCGUACGUUGAGCGUGGCGUUUCUGAACCUGAGAUCAUUGUCCCGAGCACAGCUCAUGCUGCGUUUGACAAGGCAGGCCAUUACUUUGGCUUGACCGUGCACCGUGUAGCCGUGGAUUCCGUAACCCUUAAAGUUGACCUCAAAGCAGUUGCCCGUUUAGUAAAUUACAACACAGUUUUGAUUGCUGGGUCAGCACCAAAUUUCCCACAUGGAAUCAUUGAUGACAUCGUGGGUUUGAGCAAAAUUGCUUUGAGAAGGCGGAUCCCAUUGCACGUUGAUGCCUGUCUUGGGUCUUUCCUGAUACCAUUCCUUGAGAAGGCAGGGUAUCCAACUGAACCCUUCGAUUUCCAUGUCAAGGGCGUAACCUCAAUUUCGUGUGACACUCACAAAUAUGGAUUUGCUCCCAUGGGAAGUUCCGUUGUGCUCUUCCGUACAAAGAAGCUUCGGUCUUAUGGCUAUUUCAUUUCUGCCGCCUGGACUGGUGGAGUUUACGCUUCACCUUCUCUCGCUGGCUCCCGUGCUGGCUCACUUAUCGCCGGAACUUGGGCUUCUCUGAUGAGCCAGGGUGAGAAUGGAUACACCAAUUCUUGCCGGGAUAUUGUUGGUGCCGCAAAGGAAAUUGAGUCUGGUAUCCGCGAGCGUCUCCACCCGGACUUGUACAUUCUUGGAGAGCCUAUGGUUAGUGUGGUAGCAUUCUCUAGCAAGACUCUUAAUAUGUACGAGGUCGCGGAUGAGUUAAGCUCGUUGGGAUGGCAUCUGAAUGCUCUACAAGAUCCUCCGGCGCUUCACAUUGCUUGCACCCGCCCUACCGUGUCUGCUGUGGAGAAGUUCUUGAAGGAUUUGGAGAAAGCCGUACAGAGUGUAAAAUUGAGGGGCGAGGGUGAGCCUGGAUCAAGAGCUGCCGUUGGUGAGACUACUGCGCUAUAUGGAGUUGCGGGAAGUCUGCCGAACAAGAGUGUUAUCAACACGAUGGCGACUGGGUUUAUUGAUACUUUGUAUAAGGCUUAAGCUGGGAGUUUCUGGUAUUGGAUGCUGUUGAUAUGCUGGGAUGGAAGAGAUAGGAAUCGUCUUGGUCUAGAUAGGGAAAUGGUGGUUCCGGGGGAGGUUUUUUUUUUUUUUUGUAAUGUACACAUGAGUAUUCCUUUUCGUUUCGUUUCAUCUUUUCUUCACCUCUCAUUUGUUAUGCUACUGAUUGGAAAAUCUUCGUCCUCACACUUGCAUCAGGGGAUACCUUCGUUAAGGAUAGGAACGGGUAUUGUCUGAGAGGGGGAAUAGGCAUAUUUGGUCACAAGCACACAAUAAAAGCGAGUCUGAUAUCACUUUA